AUGGACAAAAAACUGCCGCUACCCAAGCUGCUGCUGCCUACAGACACGCCUCUCGUUUCUGGCCUAAGUACCGCCUGUGCAGUAGUCGCCGGUAUUGUAGCCAUCGUAGGUAUCUCAACUCUUCAUAAACGCGCUAGGGGUCGUGCCGAGUUCCACGUGAAAAGUCGAUCGAAUGUCCACGUCGGACUUCUUCGCAUGCACGUGCCCCAGAAUUUCUGCGAUUUGGUGAAAAACGACGUUUUGCUUGAAAAAGCGGUCGAUUUGGUCGCACAGACACUCGUGAUUUUUGUAUCCGGACGAGACAAGCACGAGGUGCUUAAUUACAUCAGCGAACUCUAUGGCAUGGCGUGGGACGUUGCGUGUACACUGGACAAACCGCUUCUGGAUAUGCGGAUCGUUGGUGCUGGAGUGUCGUCGGACAGCAAGACGUGGGAAGACCUGGUGCUGCUGCCGGAGCUGAACGCCGUGUUUGGCGAAGACGCUUCGGUGAAUGUGCAGCACCUGAAUGCCCAACGCUUUGAGCACGAUGGUCUCUUUGCAGUCACGUACUACCCUUUGGCGAUGCAUGUUGACAGGAGGUUGGCUGCUGACGUGAAUUACUUUGAGAACGAGCACGCCGACUUGACACCUCAUGACCUCGUCAUCCUCGGAGGCACGUUCGACCACUUGCACAAUGGGCAUAAGAAACUACUGUCACUUGCGGUUGGUCUCUGUGCCAACCGCAUGAUUGUGGGCGUUACAGCAGACAAGAUGCUGAGAAAGAAGGUGCAUGCAGAGCUGCUGGAACCACUAGAGAAGAGAAAGUGUGCUGUCCGCGCCUACAUUGCGUUUCUCAACCCAACUAUCGUGGCAGAUAUUGUGACGAUCAAUGAUCCAUUUGGUCCAGCUAUUGUUGUACCAGAGGCUGCAGCCAUGGUCGUGUCAACGGAAACGCUGUCGGGUGCUGCCAAAAUCAACAGCAUUCGCGUCAGUCGUGGAUUGCCAAAGCUCCACAUAUUUGCAUGUCGUCGCACGGAGAGCAGUACCCUCAGCUCGAGCUGUAUCCGCGCGAAGAUUGCAGCAUCUCGAAGUCAUUUACGCUAG